AUGAUGGCUUUUACUCGCCGAGUAUCAUUCAACAAUUUGAUGGUAUCUGAGUUGGCACCAGCUGCCCCUCAGAUCACUCAGAAAGAUUUGAUGGACUCUGAUUUUGGGUAUGGGGGUGCAAUUCAUAGCGACAUUUCCGAUAUCUACGCUCCAAAGGAUCAAAUCAACGACAUUAUACGAAACAUAAAGCAACAACAACAAGCUCAUCAAAAUCAAAAUAAAUGCAUACAUGACCCCAACGCUACACCCUUGAAACCCAUUCUAAAAAAUAAAGAAUACACGGGGUUACAACUUGACGAAUCGGAGUUUGCCUUGAAGCUAGAGGAUGAACUGGACGAUGAAGUCUUGUCUCCAGAAAUAUCCCCCACGGUGUCUCGUGACGUCCCCUUUGUCUCAUUGUCAACAUCUAAUUCUGCAGAUUCGCCUUUCAAAACCAAUUACAGCUUGUCCAAACUGCCGCCAACAGGAGGAAACUCCCUUGCUGUUCCUUCGUUGCUGCAAAGCCCGAGACGGAAGCUGUAUCUGGAAAUGACUACGGAUGAGCUUCUUGCCAUGGACCCCCAAUUUGCUAGAAGACCCAGUCAAACCAGUAAUUUGAACGGCAUGAAGUUCAACAACACUUCGACCUUUUACCGGUCGUCAUCUAGAAACUCUUCUGGCUCGGCAACUGCGGCUGCCGCCGCUGCUGCCGCCGCUGCUGCUGCCGCUUCUAAAGGUGCUUAUCCUACUAGUAACGAGAACAACUACAAGUCGAUCUGUCUUACAGUUAAGCAUGAAGAUUAUCAAACGCCAGAGGCUUUUAGAACCAUUUUAACAGUCAUUUCGGGUAGAAGACAUACUUGGAACUCACUUGAUUGGUUAUUUAAUGAUGAUGACUUCAAGGAAGAACAAUCACUGAAACCAACCAAUCACCCGAAUCAAUUUUUGCAAGACGGUGACUAUCUUGUUGUGACUGCUCUUUUACCUAACAUGAACGAAGAGUAUGAUUUUUACUAUAAUAAAUGUGAAAGUCUCUUGCAGUAUUUAAUUCAGUUAUCGAUUUCCCAUGGGUUAAAGCUCAAGAUUACCGUGGAGUUUGUGCUAAGUCUGACGGAAACCGUUACCAAAAACAGAGUAUCCAAAUCAAUAAGCGGUACUAAGUACAUGCUCUAUCAUAUUACAAAUCAGUACCUGCCCAAUUUCAUAGUCAUUGGUAAUAAAUCAACCAAUUUGAACUUCAAAUAUAUGAAGAAUGUUUCAAACAAUAUAUUUUUGAUCAAAUUGGCUUCCUAUGCCUUGAAGUAUUCAAUUGCUCCAGUUAUAUUUGUUGGGAAUGCCACGAGAUUCCAUAAGGCAAUAGCUCAGGCAAAUCAUCAAGAUCAUGAAGUCAAAUCUCAUGGUUUGAAACUUACAAUCUCCAAUAAAGACUCCCAAUUGACGAAACCAGCAUUAAAGUUUGCUUCUCCUCCUCCUCGAGUUGUUCCUCCAUGCCUGGACCGGAAGAAUUCAGCAGGAUCCAUUGAUUCUGAUGAUUGUAAUUCCAGUGACUUGGAAGACCAAGAUGACUCCCUUGCUUCAUAUAAAGGUGAUCAACAACCUUCCACCACCACCGAGGCCGCCCCGGAAGUAUCCACAGAAGAAGAGUUCCAAAGGGAAAUCGGCGCCGUUUUGGAAGACGAAAGAACCCAAUACGUCUCAAGAUUAGCGCUUGCGAUUGAUGUUAUUUCAGAACAUUCUUAUGAUGCAUGCAAUCUCUUCCUUUCUGGGAAACCCAACCCCAAGAUAGAGGCCAUGUAUAAUGCUCAAAAGGGUAUCAAUGGUGGUCGUCUGAUGUACAAGGUGAAGUCGUUAUUUGGCGAUGAAGAUGCCUCUGCCUCCACACCUGCCUCCACACCUGCCUCUGCCUCCACACCUGCUUCGAGUACUCAAAGAACUUCAGUCACAUCAUCGUCCACUCCAGGUCUUUUGGGUGUUCCUUCUAGAUCAUCUGGUGGUAAUGCAUCGAAGCCAGUGGGAGGAAUUAGCACUGGCAGACGUGGUUCAAGUUCGAACCCUUCUGGUAACCCAUCAAUCUCAGUCCCUGGAUCAGCUCCUGUAACCACUAGUGCUGCUCAUUUACAGAAAGUGCGGUCGAAAGCCGAGCCAUCUUCUGGUGGGACUGGAUCAACACCUGCUUCAUCUUCAUCGUCAUCUAACCCUGAACCAAAGAAGGAAAAGAAGAGUGGUGGAUUCUGGAAGAAGUUGACGAAGAAGAGGUAA